UCCCGGAUUGAGAGGAAGCAGAAGUUUCACAAAGUGGCAGUGAAGUAGCAGCACUUACAGUAAAAUGCUGCUUUUGCAAAAUCUGUAGGGAAAUUAUCUUCAACUGUCAGUGAUGUAAGAAAAUAAAGGGGGGGAAAAAGAAACACAGACCGCAGGAGUAAGAAGCACAGAAGGAAAACUAAGGCGAGAAGAUGCCCGCUCCUCCACCUCCAGCCCCUCCCCCACCUGCCGCCCCUCCACCUCCCACAUUCUCACAGGCCAAUACACAAAAACCUGCUGUAAACAAACAACAACAGCAAGGAAGAAACGCUCUUUUGACAGAUAUUUCAAAAGGAACAAAGUUGAAGAAAACUGUAACAAAUGACAGAAGUUGCCCAUUAAUUGAUAAGCCCAAAGGGUCAGUUGGUGGAGGAGGAGGAGGAGGUGGAGGAGGUGGAUUAGGUGGAGGAGGAGGAGGUGGAGGAGGUGGAUUAGGUGGAGGAGGAGGAGGUGGAGGAGGUGGAUUCGGUGGACUCUUCCAGGGAGGGAUGCCAAAGCUGAGAUCUGCAGGAAGCAGAGAAAAUUCUGGAGGGAGCAGAGCUCCAAUAUUGCCCCCUGGAGGACGAUCAACAGCUGCCAAGCCUUUUGAUGGUAGCUCUGCCCCCCCACCUAGAUUUUCUGGAGCACCUCCUGUCCCGAGAAACAGUACUCCGGACUUUCCUAGAGGCAGGGUGAUGCCCCCCAGGCCAGAGAGUGGAGGGGGGCCCCCUCCCGUGCCCAACACGCCACGGCCCACGCCGUCCGGUAUGCAGAACAGAGGCCCCCCACCGGUGCCAGGAGGAGGCAGGCCGUUCAACCCCAGCCCUGCUCCCUCUCCACCAUCCUUCAGUGGCAGGAAUCAGGGUCCACCAUUACCAGGAAGCUCCCCCUUCUCUCGUCAGCCUUCCCAUUCAAGCCCUCCAGUCCCCAGCUCAGGCCGGCCUCCACUCCCUCCUGCACCAGGCAGGCCCAUGGAGGACAGGCCCCCACCCUUUCCCACAGGAGGCAGGUCCUCCCUGCAGAGAGACGGGCCCCCACCCCUUCCCUCUCAAAACAAUAAGCCUCCACUUCCUGCUGUGCCUCGGCCUUCAGUCGCUAGCGGAGCUCCUCCACCUCCUCCCCCUGGUAGGCCAGGCCCAUCUGCCUUCCCUUCCACCCCCCGCAGUGAAGAAGAAACUCCCAGGCUCCCCCAGAGGAAUCUGUCUCUGAACUCUCAUGCUCCAGCUCCUCCACCGCCGAUGUCUGGCCGAUCAGGCCCCCUUCCCCCCCCUCCCAAUGAGAGACCACCACCCCCUUUCAGAGAACCUCCUGGCCGAUCAGGGCCCCUCCCCCCUCCACCUCCCAUUGGUAGGAACGGAGGCAGCAUGAGGUCGUCCCCUCCUCCACCGCCACCCAACCGGCCUGGAGCUGAGCCCCAUAGGGGUGGGGGGAGACCCCCACUCCCUCCUGACAGACCUGGUGCUGGAGCUCCACUCCCGCCUCCGCCACCAGUGAGAAAUGGCUUCCAAGACCCACCCCACAUGGCAUGUGAAGAUGAGUGGGAAGGCAGAUUCUCUUUCCAUCCUGUUUCAGAGUUGCCACCACCUGACCCAUAUAUACCAACUCAGAAGGUCUACCCCAGCAAACUGGGAAGAAAUGAAAACAGAGGUUCAGUAGGAAGAGAAAGAGGUGCUCCACCACUCCCCCCUAUUCCGAGGUGAUCUGGGAGUCUGCACAGGAUUACCACUCCUUCCAUCGGGAGCUCUUUUGUUUCUUUAUGGGGCUGUGUUCAUGGUCAUUUCUCUUGUGCUUUUUUUCCUGAAGGCUUUGUUCAGUGUCCCAUAAGUCUUGCAGCAUCGGGGCUUCAGUGAAGUUAACCAGUUAUGUCUUUUGCUAAUAAAAGUGCCUUACAAAACUAA